AUGGCCAUUCUGUGGUGGACGGCGCUCAAGAGGUCCCUGAGCUGCAAGUCCCAGGGCUCCUGCGACGUGAUCAAGCGGGACGACGACUCGCGCGGCGGCAGUGCCAGGGAAUUCAACCACAAGAAGUCGUCGUUCCUGCUGCAGCCGUCGUCGUCGCUGCCGAGGUCGGGGUGCUCGCGCUCCAUCUCCAACCUGCGGGACGUGAUUCACAGCGCCAGGUUCCAGGCGCCACCGGCGGCCGCGCGCGGCAAGUGCGAUAGCCCGAUGUCGGUGGAGAGCUGCGGCGUCCUCAACGCGGUGACGCACGACGUGCUGCUCGCUAGCGGGACCCCGGUCUCCGGGUCCGCACGCGACCUCCAGGUCGGUGCCGCCGCCGGCGCCGCUCCGGGGCUCGCCGACUGGGACAUCGGCGCGGUGCCGCCGUUCGCGCACAGCCCGCUCCUGAUGCGCUCCGCCACCGGCGCCCGUCUCUCCCAGAGGAAGUCACCGCUCCGCCUCGGCGCAGGCGUCUAUGGCGACGCCGGGUCGCCCCUUCCCGCCUGGGCCUCCUGCGACGAGGUCGCCGUCCGGUGCAACCGCUUGCGGCGGUCUCUUCCCCAACGACAACGCUCUGGAAUCGCAUCACCUCUCACCGAGGUGGCGGACGGCGAGACGGCGAGCAAGGUGGUGGAGCUCAUAUACAGUGUCGGGUGGCCGAAUCCCGAGGCCGCGCUGGACCGCGUCGAGCGAGUCGUCAAGGUCCACAGCAUGGAGCGGCGGGUGGACCGGUUCAAGGAGUACAUGGAGGAGGUGAAGGGCAGGGCGGCGGGGCUGCCCAACAACAACAAGCACCCCCGCUGCGUCGCCGACGGCAACGAGCUGCUCCAGUUCCACGGCACCACCGUCUCCUGCUCCCUCGGCGCCGGCGGCUCGCACAGCGUGUGCACGUCGAGCCUGUGCAACGUCUGCCGCAUCAUCCGCCACGGCUUCUCCAGGAACGGCGGCGUCGGCGUGUUCACCACGUCCACGAGCAAGCACGCGCUGGAUUGCCUGCAGGAGACCAGCGCCGCCGGCGGUGGCACUGGUGAGGACGGGCCGGACGGCGGCGUGAAGCACGCGUUGUUCGUGUGCAGGGUGAUCGCGGGGAGGAUCCACCGCCCGCUGGAGAAGCUGCGGCUGGACGUCGCCGUGCAGCCGGGGUUCGACUCGGUUGCCGGCCAGGUCGGCGACGAUUCGAGCAUCGAGGAGCUGUACCUGCUCAACCCGAGCGCUCUUCUCCCGUGCUUCGUGGUCAUAUGUAAAGCUUAG